UUUUCCUGUGUUUAAUUGAAUGAAGAGAAGAACAAUCAACAAUGUGCAAGCAUGGGGAGGUGAAGAACAAAGGCUGAGAGUGGCUGCUUGCUUUUUGACAGAGUUUAUGAAAAGGAACAGAAGCUUGACAUGCUUUGUUGACCAGAGUGGCAGUUUAGAGGUUUUGUUGAGUGGCAAGGGUGGAAUGGUCAUUUGAGUUUUCAAGCUCUUAAAGAGAGCAGGAAGGCUGCAGGUUGGAAGUGAGGUGUUAGUAUUUAAGAAAACCAUCAAUGGCAAUAAAAAGAAGAGAAAGGAAGGAGAAAGAAGAAGAGUGUUUGUAGAGAAAGAGAAAGUGUGUGUGUGUGUGUGUGUGUUUGUGUUUUUAGAGGAGGAAUGCAUUGCAUUGUGGUAUGAUGCUUGUUGUUGUAGUUGGAUUUUUGUGAUCAUUGGAUUUGGGACUGUUUGUGAAGUUGUUGGUGCGUGCGUGUGUGUGUGUGUGUGUGUGUGAAUGAGUGGGUGAGGACUGACAGGAUAGGGAAGAGGUGUGGGGAAGGAAGAGGGCAUCAUGGCCUGCUGGUGUUUCUGAGCAUUGAGUGACAUUUUGCUUUAGGUUGGAAAUAGAAUUGUGGAAUAUAUAUUCUUGGACUUUGGGAACUCUAAUCCAUAGAUAUGGAACAAAUGCAAUGUUUCUUUAAAUCUUAGACUUGUUAUUUUUAUUUAUCUUCGUCCCUUUUGGAAGUUGUUCUGUUUAACUUUAUUCCCUAGAAUUGCAUCUAUUGAAAAACUUGGCAAUGGUUUCUAUGGGAAUGAUAGUGGUGGAAUACUUGUCUAUGUGAUGGGUUAGGAAAAGUCGACAUCUUUGCGGUGUAGCUUUGAAGAAGUUGAGAGUUCUUUUACUUUUAACACAAUGAAGUUCAUGAAGCUUGGAUCGAGGCCGGAUUCUUUUCAAAAGGAUGGGAAAAAUGUUCGGUUUGUGGCAACUGAUUUGGCAACUGAUAUCAUUAUUAAAGUCGGCGAUGCAAAGUUUUAUCUGCACAAGUUUCCUCUGCUGUCCAAGUGCGGGCUGUUGCAGAAAACUGUGACCAUAACCGAUGAAACAUGCGAGGAGAUUGACUUGUCUGACAUUCCCGGCGGUCCGGCUGCCUUUGAGAUCUGUGCAAAAUUUUGCUACGCCAUGACAGUCACACUCAAUGCCUACAAUGUGAUCGCAGCCCGUUGUGCAGCCGAGUAUCUAGAAAUGCAAGAAAGUGUAGAGAAAGGCAAUAUCAUCUACAAAAUCGAAGUCUUCCUCAACACCAGCAUUCUCCGCAGCUGGAAAGACUCAAUCAUAGUUCUUCAGAGUACUAAAUCCUUCCUGUCAUUGGCCGAGGACUUGAAAUUGGUCAGCCAUUGUGCAGACUCAAUAGCUUCGAAGGCCGUCAUUGAUACUUCUAUGGUCAAUUGGUCUUAUACUUAUAACCGAAAGAAGUUGCAGUCUGAAGACAGUGCUGAAGCACAUUGGAAUGGUGUUGUUAAAGAACAAUCGGUGCCCGAGGAUUGGUGGGUCGAGGAUCUUUCCGAGCUUGAGUUGGACCUAUACAAGCGGGUUAUUAUUGCCAUUAAGAGCAAGGCUAGAAUGCCGAACCAAGUGAUUGGAGAAGCUUUAAAAACUUACAUGUAUAAAAGACUUCCAAGUUUUAGCAAAGGUUCCAUGGUUCAUAAAGAUGAUGUUUUGAAGAACAAAACAAUGUUAGAGACCAUCACCUGGUUAUUACCGAAAGAGAAGGGCGCGGUUACAUGUGGUUUUCUAUUGAAACUUCUUAGACUUGCAAAUUUGCUGAACAUCGGGGAUAUGGUCAAGAAAGACUUGAUCAAGAGAAUCGGGCGGCAAUUAGAAGAGGCUUCGGUAUUUGAUCUUUUGAUUCCUGCUCCUGAAGGAGAGAAACACCGAUACGACAUUGAAAUGGUGCUGAGUAUUGUCAAGGAGUUUGUAUCACAAGGAUGCAACGACUCUCAAACCAGCUCACUUGCUUCGACUAAUACAAAAUUAGCCGUAGCAAAGUUAGUCGAUGGUUAUCUUGCUGAAGUUGCUCAAGACCCAAAUUUCCCUCUGUCGAAGUUUGUUGAUCUUGCUGAAAUGCUAUCGAGUGAAUCACGACCAGUACAUGAUGCAUUAUAUCGCGCCAUCGACAUGUAUCUCAAGGAGCAUCCAGGGAUGAGUAAGAGUGAGAAAAAGAAGAUGUGCAGCCUAAUGGACUGCAAAAAAUUAUCGGCAGAGGCCUCAAUGCACGCGGUGCAAAACGAGCGGCUUCCGUUGCGUGUAGUGGUCCAAGUGCUUUUCUUCGAGCAGGUGAGAUCAUCAGUUGUUUCUUCUGGCUGCAGGGGAUCAUAUGGGAGCUCAAGAUCAGGUGCCACAACAAAUACAGAAGAUGAAUGGGAUGUCAUCCCCCGCGUCGAAGAUCUCAAGCCAUUCAAGAAUACGAAACUUAGAACAAGUGCAAGUCAUAGAGAGAGCAACAGAAGCAAUGGAAACACAGAGACAAACACGAACAAGGAUGAUGGCAAUGGCGGUAAAUCGAAGGGAAAUGCAACGCCGGGGAAGAUGAUUAGCAAGCUCUGGUCAAGCAAAGGCGAAAAUUGUAGCUCUGAUACAUCUGAGAGUCCUGUUGAGGAGUCUAAAUCUACACCAGCUAAGAACAUGAGGCAUUCAAUGUCAUAGCAUUGUUUUGUGUUGAUGAAUUGGGAAGCAAGCAGUUAUUUUGCAUGAAUAGUUUGAUGGUCUUUGCUCUUUUCUUUGGUUCUUUUGUGUUUGCAUGUAUUUGUAAAGAAGGAACUUGCAUUGCUAAGAUGUUUAAUGGUUUAGUUUUAUCA